UUCUGCUAAUGUGGCUGGUUCAGUUUUAAAUGAUGACGGACACCAGAGAGGGCGACGACGAAUUCCAGUUCAUCCGCACGGGAGAUGAGGUGGUUCUGCAGAGCACCUUCACCUCCCAGGAGGAGCACGUGAAGCUCUGUCUUGCUGCGGAGGGAUUUGGCAGCAGACUUUGCAGACUUGAGUCCACAUCCAACUGCAAGAAUGUUCCACCAGACUUGUCCGUGUGUGGCUUCGUCCUGGCCCAGUGUCUGUCUGUCCGGGCCCUGCAGGAGAUGCUGGCCCACAGUGCGCACAUGGCCGCAGAGGUGGGAGCUGAAGGAAGCCACCGCACCCUUCUUUAUGGCCAGGCAGUGUUGUUCCUGCACUCAUUCAGCGGCAUGUAUCUCUGCUGCUUGUCUUCAUCUCAGUCUUCAACUGACAAGUUGGCUUUUGAUGUGGGUCUGCAAGAGGAUAGAGCAGGCGAGGCGUGUUGGUGGACAGUCCACCCAGCAUCCAGACAGAGGUCCGAGGGGGAGAAAGUGCGUGUUGGAGAUGACCUUAUCCUGGUCAACGUGUCCUCAGAGAGAUAUCUGCACAUGUCCUUUGGCACUGUAUUUGACAACAGGAGCUUGAGUGACAGUCUGAUUGUCAAUGCAGCCUUCCAGCAGACUCUCUGGAGUGUGGCUCCCAUCUGCUCUGGAGGUGGAGUUGCUCAAGGAUACCUGAAGGGAGGCGACACACUGCGGCUACUGCACAGCCACAGUGAUGCAUGUCUGACAGUUCCCUCCGCAGAGCUGGGAGAGGAGCUACAAAGGAUGAUGCAGUAUGAGAUCGGAUCCGUCUGCAGCCACGCCCGCUCCCUGUGGAGGCUGGAGGUUCUGCAUGUUGUUUGGAGCGGAAGGCACACGUGCUGGGGGCAGCCUUUCAGACUGAGCCAUGUGACCACUGGGAGGUACCUGGGCCUGACGGAGGAGCAGGGCCUGCAUCUGGUUGAUCGGGACAAGGCUGACAUCGACACGACCUCCUUCUGCUUCCGAUCGUCGAAGGAGAAGCUCGACGCUGGCACAAAGACGAAUGUCGAUGGCAUGGGGACCCCAGAGGUCAAGUACGGAGAUUCCAUUUGUUAUGUUCAGCAUGUGGACUCUGGCCUGUGGCUCACCUACCAAGCCACUGAGGCCAAGUCUGCUCACGUGGGAGGAACUCAGCGAAAGGCCAUUUUGCACAGCGAGGGUCACAUGGACGACGGUCUGACGCUGUCUCGUUCUCAGAGGGAAGAAUCUCACACUGCCAGACUCAUCCGCAGUGCCACUCUCCUCCUCACUCGCUUCAUCAGGAACCUGGAGGGUUGUAAUCAACGAGGACACCCACCGUCUGUCAGCCUGCCGACGGGGAGGGUGACGAGCAGCCUGCAGGAUCUAAUAAAGUAUUUCCAGCCUCCACUGGACGGACUCGGCCAUGAGGCUAAACAGAACGGCCUGACCGCUCUGAAGAAUCGACAAAACAUGUUUCAAGAAGAGGGAGUGACCGCGUUGGUCCUAGAUUGUAUUGACCGUCUACACCAGUAUGCUGCUGCCCAGAGUGAGACGGGAGAAGAGUGGGAGACCAUCCUCCACCGGUUCUAUGAGCUUCUAGCUGCUUUGAUCCGGGGAAACCGUGUGAACUGUGCACAUUUCUCAGGUUCUCUAGACUGGCUGAUCAGCAGACUAGACCAGCUGGAGGCCUCCUCUGGAGUCUUGGAGGUCCUGCACUGUAUCCUAGUGGACAGUCCCGAAGCCCUCAACGUCGUCAAAGAAGCACACAUUCAUUCCAUCAUAACGUUUCUUGACAAGCAUGGAUGCAACCAAAAGGUCCUGGAGGUGCUGUGUUCCCUGUGUGUGUGCGACGGUGUGGCAGUGCGGUCCAAUCAGAACCACAUCUGCGACAACCUGCUGCCAGACAGAGACCUGCUGCUGCAAACCCGUCUGGUGAAUCAGGUCACCAGCAUGAGACCAAACAUCUUCCUGGCGAUGGGGGAUGAUUCAGCCCAGCACCGGAGGUGGUACUAUGAGCUGGUUGUGGAUCGUGUUGACCCCUUCCUCACAGCUGAGCCCACUCAACUGCGUGUUGGCUGGGCUUGCACUAAGGGCUACCAGCCAAGGCCCACAGGAGGAGGAGGCUGGGGGGGCAACGGGGUAGGAGACGACCUCUGCUCCUAUGGCUUUGACGGGCUUCACCUCUGGUCAGGCGGUGUGGGCCGCAGAGUGAGCUCCCCCUUCCCCCACAUGCUGAGAAAUGAUGAUGUGGUCAGCUGCUGUCUGGACCUCAGUGCUCCCUGCAUCUCUUUCCGAGUCAAUGGUCUACCUGUGCAGGGCAUGUUGGAGAACUUCAGCGCCGAUGACCUCCUGUAUCCUGUGGUCAGCUUCUCUGCUGGGGUCAGGGUUCGUUUUCUGUUUGGGGGAAGACAUGGAGAGUUUCGCUUCUUACCGCCGCCAGGCUUUGCUCCGUGCUCCGAAGCGUUACUUCCCAGAGUCCGGCUGAAGGUGGAGCCGUGUCAGAAAUACAUCUUGGGUGUCGGAGAAGGGAAACACGAGCUCAUCGGGCCGUCAGUACCGGACACUCCAGUUACCUUCACUCCCACACCAGUAGACAUUAGCAAGGUGGUACUGCCUUCACAGCUCGAGGACAUCCGAGAAAAGAUGGCUGAGAAUGUCCAUGAACUCUGGGUAAUGGACAAGGUCGAUCUUGGAUGGACACAUGGACCUGUGAGGGAUGAGAGUAAGAAGCACGAUCCCUGUCUGGUGGAGUUCUCCGAGCUGCCAGAGCAGGAGAGGAACCAGAACCUCCAGGUGGCCCUGGACACCCUCAGGACUCUGCUCGCUCUUGGAUUCCACGUGGGUUUAACUGACCACGCUGCGGAGAGAGUCAAACACGUGAGAGUAGCCACCAAGUAUGAACAGCCCAGCGGCUACAGACCUGCCCCAGUUGACUUGAGCCAGGUUUCUCUGAGCCCAGCCCACGAGGAGCUGGUUAACCUGCUGGCAGAGAAUGAUCACAAUCUAUGGGCCAGAGAGCGGAUCAGACAGGGGUGGACCCAUGGAGCCACGCAGGAUGUGAAAGCGAAGCGGAGCCCGUACCUUGUGCCUCACAGCCUGCUUGAUGAAAGGAACAGGAGCGUGGGCAGGGAGAGGGUCAGAGAGGCGGUGUGCACCCUGCUGGCCUACGGUUACAGCCUGGAGCCCCUCCACGAACGCACCGCGCUAUCAAAUGCUUGUCACUUCUCUGCUGAGAAGUGCACAGUGUUCAGACCAGAUAAAUCAUCUGCUGUGACCCGGGGGAAGUGGUAUUUUGAAUUUGAAACGCUGACGGCAGGGAGUAUGAGAGUGGGCUGGGCACGACCGGGCUGCAGCGCCGACAGAGAGCUCGGCUCAGAUGACCAGGCGUAUGUGUUCGAUGGAUAUGAAGCUCAGUGGUACCACCGGGGCGGUGAACCCCUGGGACGCCCGUGGCAGAGAGGCGAUGUGCUGGGUUGCCUGGUGGACAUGGCUGAACGCACCAUGGUGGUCACGCUCAACGGAGAGGUGCUGUUUAACGACAGAGGAUCCGAGCUGGCUGCCAAGGACUUUGAUAUCAGAGACGGCCUGUUGCCUGUGGUCAGUGUUGGGGUGAACCAGGUGGGGAGGCUGAACUUGGGCCGCCAGGCCGCCUCUCUGCAGUACUUUGCCGUGUGUGGUCUACAGGAAGGUUAUGAGCCGUUUGCUGUCAAUAUGGCCAGAGAUCCAGCUCUGUGGAUGAGCUGGAAACAGCCUCAGUUCACCUCCAUACUACCUGGUGAUCACAAUUUACAGGUCACUAAGAUCAGUGGCUCAGCCGAGUGCUCGUCCAGCCUGAGGGUCUCUCAGCGGUUGUUUGCUCACCACGGUGGGGGCAGCGAGAUGGGCUUUUACCGGCUCAGCAUGUCUGUUGAAUGUGCUGCCGUCCUCACGAGCCCGGCAGCGGGGCUGCUUCCAGCGGCCUCCAACACUCUUUCUUCAGGAAGGAAAGAGCAUGAGGAAAUGGACUCUGACUUUGAAGUGCUGAUGAAGUCGGCUCACAGCUUCGCUGGCUCAAGAGAUGAGCUCAACCACAAGGAUCAUAGCCAAGACAAAACAGCAAGACUGAAACAACGGUUCAUGCUGAAGAGGAGUAAACCAGGCCUCGUCUGCAGCAACUCAUCUCCACGGCUUCUCGAAGAUGUCGUAGUUGACAAAGAUAACUACGAUCACCUCAUCCAUAGCUCCAGAUAUUAUUACUCAGUGAGGGUUCUCCCCGGCCAGGAGCCAUUUAAUGUGUGGGUCGGCUGGGUGACCUCUGACUUCCAUCACUUUGACACGACAUUUGACCCUGACUAUGUCCACACCGUGACCGUCACCCUCGGAGACGACAGCGGCAAAGUCCAGGAAAGUGUGAAGCGGUGUGACUGUUACAUGGUUUGUGCCGGAGAAGCAACAGGCUUGUCUCUGAGUCGAAGAAGCGCAGGGUUAGAGAUUGGCUGUUUGAUUGACACUGCGACUGGGCUGCUCACCUUUACCUCCAGCGGAGUGGAGAUGACCACCUUCUACCAAGUGGAAGCCAGUACAAAGCUGUUUCCUGCUGUGUUUGUCAAACCGACCACGAGCAACAUGUUCCAGCUUGAGCUGGGAUGCGUCAAGAAUGUGAUGCCACUGUCGGCUGGUUUGCUUCGCAGCCAAAGAAGUAAUACCACUCCCCAGUGUCUUCCAAGGUUUCAGGCCCAGCAUCUCAGCCCAGUUUCAUGGACCAGGGUACCGGACCACGCGUUACACGUGUCGGUAGAGAGGCCAGAUGAGCAACAUGGCUGGACAGUCCAGUGCUCGGAGCCCCUGCGAGUCCUGACCCUUCAGAUCCCUGAUGAAAACAGGUGUGUCGACAUUUUGGAGUUGUCCGAACUUGAUGACCUCUUGACCUUUCACCGCCACACCCUCCUCCUCUACUGUUCACUUUGCGCCCUUGGCAACACCAGAGUUUGCCAUGCCCUCUGCAGUCAUGUGGACCAGUCCCAGGUCCUCCAUGCCAUUCAGAACGCCCACCUACCUGGCCCCCUCCGAUCUGCAUUUUACCAGCUCCUCAUUCAGGUUCACCUCAGCAGCCACGCCACAGCACGUCUCACGAUGAACCAUGAAUACAUCGUGCCCAUGACAGACCAGACGAGACGUAUCACCCUUCACCAUGACCACGGUGUUAGCAGGCGUGGUGGGCAACCUCCACAAGGAAUCCCCAGCACUAGUCUUAGCACAUCCCUUAAACCACAGAUGCACUCCUCAACUCCUUGUUUCGUGAGGAGUGAUGGGAUAGGAGCAGAUGAUGCAGUGAAAAUAAUCUGCACUGACAGCCCAGGAAUCCCUCUGGACAUAUUAAAGAGUGUGACCGUGGAGAUGCUGACGGCGGGGGUAUGGGCAGUGGGUCAGGGUGUGAGGGAUCCUGUAGGAGGCAGCGUUGAGCUUCUGCUGGUUCCCCUCAUUAGACUCUUCUACAACCUGCUGGUAAUGGAUGUGUUUGGGGAUGAGGAUCUGUGCGAAGUUCUGAGACUGAUAGAGCCGGCGGUCUUCUCCUCAGAUGGUAAAACCUCUGAGGAGACAGAUGAAGAAGAGGUCAGUGAUGGUACUGAAACUGAAUGGAAAGGGGGCAACAAGAAGGAUAGUGACACUCCUACACAAGGACUUCUUCAGAUGAGGCUUCCAGAAGCUGUCAAACUUGAGCUCUGCCGUUUGCUGUCCUACCUGUGUGACAGCCAGGCGCGCCACAGGGUCGAAGCUGUGGUCGCCUUCUCUGACAACUUUGCGGGACAGCUGCAGGAGAAUCAACGCUUUCGCUAUAACCAGGUCAUGCAGGCACUCAACAUGUCUGCCGCCCUCACUGCACGCAAGACCAAGGAGUUCCGCUCGCCUCCACAGGAGCAGAUCAAUAUGCUGCUGAGCUUCAGAGAGGAUGAGCUGCAGGAGAAUUGUCCAUGUCCAAUGGAAAUCCAACAGCUCCUGCAAGACUUCCACCACCUGCUGAACGCACACUGUGGCGUUGAAUUGGUCAGUGACUCGGAGGACGAAAAGGACGCCGAGAUGUCCGUCAAAGAUCGACUUCUCAGUCUGGUGGCCAGAGGCUUUGCAGUGAGGAAGUCACCUGCAGACGUAGAGAAGUGUAAACCACCGAUUGGCAAGUCCCUCAAAAAGCUGAUCUCUGAGACGAUGGUGCGCUGGAGCCAAGAGAGCGAGAUGGAGGACCCUGAGCUGGUCAGGGCUGUCUUCUCGCUGCUGCACCGCCAGUACCAGGGCCUUGGGGGUCAAAUGGCAGGACCACUCUGCAGAGCCUACUCGAUCAGCCAGGCCUCGGUGGAGGACACGAUGACUCUUCUGUCCUCCCUGGGUCAAAUCCGCUCCCUCCUCAGCGUCCGCAUGGGGAAAGAAGAGGAGAAGCUGAUGAUCAGGAGGCUGGGAGACAUCAUGAAUAAUAAAGUUUUCUACCAACACCCCAACCUAAUGAGGGCACUGGGGAUGCAUGAGACUGUGAUGGAGGUGAUGGUCAAUGUUCUCGGAGAAGGGGAAUCAAAGGAGAUUACCUUUCCCAAGAUGGUUGCCAGCUGCUGUCGAUUCCUGUGCUACUUUUGCCGCAUCAGCUGUCACAAUCAGGGAGCCCUGUUUGACCAUCUCAGUUACCUGCUGGAAAACAGCAGCGUUGGACUCGCUUCUCCGUCCAUGCGUGGAGCCACUCCUCUAGACGCGGCAGCGGCCUCUGUAAUGGAUAAUAACGAACUGGCCUUAGCGCUGAAGGAACCUGACCUAGAGAAGGUGGUGCAGUAUCUCGCUGGCUGUGGCCGGCAGAGCUGUCCCAUGCUGGUGGAGAAAGGCUACCCUGAUGUUGGGUGGAACCCUGUGGAGGGCGAGCGCUACCUGGAUUUUCUACGUUUUGCAGUCUUCUGCAAUGGUGAGAGCGUUGAGGAAAAUGCUUACGUGGUGUUGAGGUUGCUCAUUCGUCGGCCGGAGUGUUUUGGCCCCGCCCUGCAAGGUGAUGGGGGAAACGGUCUCCUGGCAGCCAUGGAGGAAGCCAUCAGGAUCUCUGAGGACCCCUCUAUGGAUGGACCCUGCACCACAAACCAGUCCAACAGAACACUAGAUGUUGUCCCGGACAGUGAAGAUGACCUCGUACACAUGGGGCACGCCAUCAUGAGCUUCUACUCAGCCCUUAUUGACUUGCUGGGACGCUGCGCCCCGGAGAUGCAUUUGAUUCUAGGGGGCAAAGGAGAAGCCAUCCGCAUCCGGGCCAUUCUGAGGUCGCUCAUCCCCAUUCAGGACCUUGAGGGAGUCAUCAGCAUCUCCUUUCAAAUUCCUUCAGUGUCUAAAGAUGGUGUGAUGGCCGAGCCCGACCUGUCUACAGUGUUCUGCCCCGACCACAAGGCAUCUAUGGUUCUGUUCCUCGACCGGGUUUAUGGCAUCGAGAACCAGAGCUUUUUCCUCCGCCUCCUAGAAGUCAGUUUCCUGCCUGACCUUCAGACAGCCGUCUCGCUUGACACCGCUGCCUCAGGAUCGACUGACAUGGCCCUGGCCCUCAACAGAUACUUGUGUACAGCUGUGCUCCCCCUGCUCAUCAAAUGUUCCCCUCUCCUCUGUGGAUUAGAGGACCACACCUCGUCGGUCGAUUCCCUCAUCCAGGCCGUCUACAGCCUUUCCAGAGCUCUCAGCUUGACCAAAGCUCAGGGAGACACGAUGGAGGAUUGUUUGCUGGCUGUGUGCAGUCAACUGCAACCGUCCAUGAUGCAGCCUCUUCUCCGUCGUCUCGUCUUCGAUGUUCCCCAUCUAACAGACCACAGCAAGAUGCCACUGAAGCUCUUGACCAGCCACUAUGAACAGAGGUGGAAGUACUACUUGCAAAGUGGCGGGCAGGGUGACCAGAAUUCGGCCUCUGCAGAGGAGCUGCACCUUUCUGCAACAUUGUUCUGGGGAGUGUUUAAGGCCUUAGCAAAGAAGCCCUAUGAGCCACAGUUAUUCAGGCUUUGUGUCCAAUGUCUGGCUGCAGUGGCCAAGGCCCUGCCUCCCGACCACAUGGACUCAAGCUGUGUGUCUCCGAUGGAGAAAGAAACCUCCACGGAAACAGAUGGACACUUUGACCCCCAGCCUGUAGACACCUCCAACAUGUCAGUGCCGGAGAGACUGGAGUUUGUAGUGAACAAGUACGCGGAGCAUACUCACGAGAAGUGGUCUCUGGACAAGUUUGCAAACGGCUGGGUUCAUGGGGAGCAGCUAUGUGAGAACAGCAAGGUCCAUCCUCUCCUCAAGCCAUACAGGGCUUUGGCUGAGAAGGAGAAGGAGGCAUACCGCUGGGCCAGUAAAGAGACGAUGAAGAGCAUGCUGGCCUUUGGAUGGAGCAUAGAGAGGACUAAAGAAGGAGAUGCAUCUGGCAGACUUCCCUGUGCGCACAGAGUCUCGCAAGCUGGACAGCUGUCUUUUGAGGGAGCGUCAACCUUCAGCCCCAAGCCAGUGGACAUGAGCUGCAUCACCUUAUCGUGGGAGCAGUGUGCUAUGGCGGAACAGUUGGCUGAAAACUAUCACAGUGCCUGGGCUAAGAGGAAGAAGUCAGAACGUGAGAGUAAAGGAGGGGGUGGACACUCAAUGCUUGUACCCUAUGAUACCCUGACUGCCAAGGAGAAGACUACAUUUAGAGAAAGAGCCCAGGAUGUCCUUAAGUUCCUUCAUCUCAAUGGGUUCACUGUGUGGAGGGAUCGGAAGACGGUGGAGAUGGACUUUCCAGCCGCCGCCAACUGCUUUAGCUUCACUCUCCUUCAGCAGCUCAUGUCUCAUACUGAGGAGGCCCAGGAGCGCCUGCUGGAGCUGGAGGUGAUGCAAGCCAGAGGACAGAUGUCUAAAGGGGAGAGAGUUCCACCGCAGCAACAAAUGCAUUUCUUCCCCAAGGUCAUCCUUCCUCUUUUGGAGCAAUAUGUGAAAAGCCACCGUCUGUAUUUCGUGUCCACCGCUCUCUGCUCCGGUGUUAACCAGAGCCACGCCUCUAAAAAAGAAAAGGAGAUGAUCGCGUGCCUCUUUUGCAAGCUUGCAGCCCUGGUGAGACACAGAUUAUCACUCUUUGGAAACGAAGCCUCGUCAGUUGCAAGCUGCCUCCAUGUCUUGGCUCAGGCUCUGGAUGCCAGGACAUUGAUGAAGUUGGCCCCAGAGUCAAUCCAAGCAUCUCUGCGCUCAUUCUUUGAUGCAGCUGCAGCGGAUCUGGAGAUGACCGUGGAAAACCUCUCCGUCACACUGGUCUCUCUUCCUCAGAGUAGGAGCCAACAAGCUAGAGGAGUGGCAAAGGUUCUCAGCUACACGACCUCUGUACUUCUCCCCACCCUCACUUCCCUCUUCCUGCAUCUCGGCAACCAGAACUAUGGAGUGGAUCUCCUGGUGGGAGAGGUCCAGGGGUCCUGUUACAGGAUCAUCAACAGCCUCUACUCUCUUGGCAACAGUGGCAGCAUCUACAUGGAAGGGCAGCGGCCAGCAGCAGGUGCUUGUCUGGCAGCUCUGACUGCUGCGUUUCCUGUCUGUGUUCUGGAGCCAGCCCUCAAUCGAACCAACCCGCACUCUAUUUACAACACCCUGGGUGCUACUGAGAGAGAAGACCUGGGGCUGCCAGAUCGGGUGGUGGACACGUGUCCCCUCCUGCCUUCUCUGGAACAGGCUCUCAGGGAAGUGGAGGAGCUGGCGGCUGCUGGUGCUGGAGCUCGCCAGGCCCAUUACAUCCACGUCACUGAGGUCACCUUGCCCAUGCUGUGCAGCUAUAUGUCCCGUUGGUGGCGCGGGGGCCCUGAGGGCCCGCCGGGCAGCCCACUGUGCACCUCCGUCACUCCUCAGCAUAUGAGCGACCUCCUUGGCCACAUCCUCCAUGUCAUCCACAACCAUGUGGGCUCCAGCCAGGGUGACUGGAUGAAACAGCUGGCAGUUUUUUCUCAGCCAAUCAUACUUAAAGCCCGCUCUGAGCUUCUGAAGAGCCACUUCCUGCCCCUGAUGGAGAAGCUAAGGAAGAAGGCGGAAUGUGUCCUGCUGGAGGAGGAGCAGAUGAAAGCAGAGGGGUGUUGCACCUCUGAAGCGGAGCUGCAGAUACAGGAGAAGUUCACGGUGCUGGUGCGAGACCUCUAUGCCUUCUAUCCCCUCCUCAUCCCGUUUGUGGAUUCUAAUCGAGCCAGCUGGUUGAAGGAGUCAAACCCCGAGGCCGAGCAGCUGUUCAGCAUGGUGGCAGAGCUCUUCAUAUUUUGGGCCAAAUCUCAUAAUUUCAAAUGGGAGGAACAGAACUAUGUGGUCCAAAAUGAGAUCAACAACUUGGCUUUCUUGGUCAACGAUGACAAAAUGUCCAAGUUUGACCACGAAAAGAGGAGGGUGAAGAGGAAGGGGGAUCGGUAUUCCACGCAAACUUCUCUCAUCGUGGCUUCCAUGAAGAGACUGCUCCCGGUGGGACUGAGGGUUUGUUUUCCAAAUGACCAGAGCCUUCUCACGUUGGCCAAGAACAGCUUCACUCAGAGGAAAACUGAAGAUGAGAUUCGAGAGCAUGUUUUGCACGGCCUUCUACGUCUUCAGAGUCAGGCUUCAAACGGCUCGAAGCAGGAGACACAUGAUGCCGAACACAUGAGCGAGCCAAGGCCCAUCGCUGACGUCCAGAGGAAUGUAGACAGGAUUGUGGGAAUAGCUCGUGUCCUCUAUUACCUGGACCAGGUGGAACACCCGGAGCGAAGUAAAAAACCGGCGUGGCACAAGAUCUUAUCCAAACAGAGGAAGAGAGCAGUGGUGGCCUGUCUGAGGAUGGCUCCUCUCUACAACCUACCCAGACACAGAGCCGUCAACCUGUUCCUCCAAGGCUACAAUAAAUCCUGGAUAUCAGCUGAAGACCGCAGCCUUGAGGAGAAGCUUGUGGAGGAUUUAGCUACAGGAGGAGUGAUGGAGCAGUGUGGAGGCGACAGAGGGGAUGAAAAGGAUGUCAAACCAAUCGAUCCCCUGCUACAACUCAUUACACUCUUCAGUCGAAGCGCCCUGACAGAGAGGAGCAAACUUGGAAGUGACAGUCUGUAUAUGUCCUACGCUGCCAUUAUGGCCAAGAGUUGCCACAGAGAGGAGGACGACAGUGAAAAAGUGGAGGUGGAAAGUUUUGAAGAGAAGGAGAUGGAGAAGCAGCAGCUGCUGUACCAGCAGGCCCGGCUGCAUCUCCGUGGUGCUUCUGAGAUGCUCCUGCAAACUAUCAGCGCCAGCAAAGGCGCCAUGGGCUCCAUGAUUGCUCCCACACUGAAGCUGGGUAUUGCUGUUCUCAACGGAGGGAAUGUCACCGUUCAACAGAAAAUGCUGGAUUAUCUCCGAGAGAAGCGAGACGUCGGCUUCUUUCAGAGUACGGCCGGACUCAUGCGCUCAUGUAGUGUUCUGGAUCUAAAUGCAUUUGAGAGGCAGAACAAAGCAGAAGGAUUAGGUAUGGCCAUGGACGAGAGCUCAGGAGAGGAAGUAAUGCCUGACAAAGAGCUAACCUGUGACCUGUUCCGGUUUCUACAGCUGCUCUGCGAAGGACACAACUCAGAUUUCCAGAAUUACUUGAGAACACAAUCAGUCAACAACACCACGGUCAACAUCAUUAUAUCCACGGUGGACUAUUUACUAAGAGUACAGGAAUCGAUCAGUGAUUUCUACUGGUUCUACUCGGGGAAAGAUGUGAUUGAUAUGCACGGUCAACAAAACUUCUCAAAGGCCAUUGAAGUGUCCAAACAGGUCUUCAACACACUCACUGAGUACAUACAGGGCCCAUGCACUGGGAACCAACAGAGUCUGGCUCACAGUCGUCUGUGGGACGCUGUGGUGGGAUUCCUCCAUGUCUUUGCCAACAUGCAGAUGAAGCUCUCUCAGGAUUCAAGGCAAAUCGAGCUUCUGAAAGAGCUGAUGGACUUACAGAAGGACAUGGUUGUGUUUUUGCUUUCCAUGUUAGAAGGCAAUGUAGUCAAUGGAACUAUUGGAAAGCAGAUGGUGGAUAUGUUGGUGGAGUCAUCGGGCAAUGUGGAGAUGAUCCUCAGGUUUUUUGACAUGUUCCUCAAACUCAAAGACCUCACCUCCUCAGAUGCCUUCAGAGAGUACGACCCUGAUCGUCAGGGCUGCAUAUCCAGGAAGGAAUUUCAGAAAGCCAUGGAAAAUUGCAAGCGUUUCUCCCAAGCUGAGACUAAUUUCCUCCUCUCCUGCACAGACACUGACAAAAGUGAAAUAGUGGAUUAUGAGGCCUUUGUGGAUCGCUUCCAUGAGCCAGCCAAAGACAUCGGCUUCAGCAUCGCUGUUCUCCUCACCAAUUUGUCCGAGCACAUGCCCAACGAUUCAAGACUCAGGUCAUUCUUGGAACUAGCCGAGUGCUUUCUGACGUACUUUCAGCCGUAUCUCGGACGCAUUGAGAUUCUUGGCGGCGGGAAGCGAAUUGAACGUGUCUACUUUGAGAUCAGUGAAUCAAGUCGCACACAGUGGGAGAAGCCACAGGUCAAAGAGUCCAAGAGGCAGUUCAUUUUUGAGGUGAUCAAUGAGGGUGGAGAGAAGGAGAAAAUGGAGAUGUUUGUCAAUUUCUGUGAGGACACUAUCUUUGAGAUGCAGCUCGCAGCCCAGAUAUCUGACUCUGACACCGCUGAGAGGUGUGCCGGGAAAGAAGUGGACGAAAAGAGUGAAGAAGAAGGCCCGCACAAAAAAGGAAUGUUUUUCAUGCAUCAUUGGUGGCUACUGCUGAUGUGUCUGCUUUCUUUGAAAAACCUAAAGACCUUGAUGAAGAUGAGUCUGAAGGAUAUCCUCAUGUCAGCUGUUUCCUUCCUGAGAUUCCUUUUUAUGGCUCAGGCCUGGUGCAUUUAUGUUGUAAUCCGCUGCAUCGUGUAUGUGCUGUACAUAGCCUUUGUCAGUGGUGGGCUCAUAGAGGGAGCCAAAAGGAUGAAAGUAUCCGACUUGUUCAGUGGUAUCCCUGAGCCAACACUUGAUGAGGUCAUGGAGGUGCCAAGUGGUGUGAACGGGCUGAGGAAGUGCUCUGCCAGUGUCUCCUCCCCGAGAGAAUUGAGGGAGAUUGGGCAUGUGGCAGCAGUGACCUCCCCCAGGGAGGUGGACGUAAUGUCCGACAUAUUUGGCCUCAAGGUGAAGAAGGAUGGUGGCGAAUACAGACUCAUGACGCAAGAUCUGAGUGCCAGUCUGACGGACCCGUUCAACACAAUCAGCAGGACAACUGCCGAUGUUUCUGAAAAGCAUCAGAGUUCGGCCCACACGGCCACAGAGGAUACAGCAGAAGAUGAGAAAAUGCCUGAAUUAGAGCACGCAAAAGCGAAGCCCUCUGAGAAGGUAACUGCGAAUGAGAGAGUGGAGGUGGGAUGGAGAGACAACAGCUGCUCUUACAAGUCAGAGGAGCCGGCGAGCCAACACUCUGCCCUGUGGGAGAUGAUGAGCACUUGUAACAAGAGCCUGCUGAACUACUUUGCAAGGAAUUUUUAUAAUAUGCGUUUACUUGCUCUCUUUGUGGCCUUUGCUAUCAACUUCAUCCUCCUCUUCUACAAGGUAGCAUCCCUGCCUGCAUCACCAGAAGAGGAAGGAGUGACCACACUUGUUCACAGCGACGGAGUGGACAAUAAAGAGGGAGGGGUUUAUUUUGUGCUGGAGGAGAGCAGUGGAUACAUGGAGCCGUCUCUCUGCCUCCUGGCCCUAGCACACACAAUCAUCUCCUUCUGUUGUAUUAUUGGUUAUUACUGCCUCAAGUUACCAUUGGUGAUCUUCAAACGUGAGAAGGAAGUGGCACGGAGGAUGGAGUUUGAUGGACUGUACGUGACAGAACAGCCCCCCGAGGAGGACAUCAAAGGGCAAUGGGACCGACUGGUUAUUAACACAACCUCAUUUCCAAGUAAUUACUGGGAUAAAUUUGUAAAAAGAAAGGUGAUGGACAAGUACGGUGAGUUUUAUGGCCGUGAGAAGAUCAGUGAACUCCUCGGCCUGGACAAAGCCGCUUCAGACUUCAGCUCCGAGAGGAGAGAGAGGAGGGGGCUCAGGAGAGACAGGGCCUGGGGGGCUCUAUUUAACUCCUUUGACAUGAAGUACCAGGUCUGGAAACUGGGGGUCGUGUUCACCGACCAUUCCUUCUUGUACCUAGCCUGGUACAUGACCAUGUCUGUUCUUGGUCAUUAUAACAACUUCUUCUUCGCUGCCCACCUUCUGGACAUCGCCAUGGGCUUUAAGACCCUUCGUACCAUCCUCUCCUCUGUCACACACAAUGGAAAACAGUUGGUCCUGACUGUUGGCCUGUUGGCAGUCGUGGUGUAUCUCUACACCGUUGUGGCCUUCAACUUCUUCAGGAAAUUUUACAACAAAAGUGACAACGAGGACACCCGCGACAUGAAGUGCAACGACAUGCUCACUUGCUACAUGUUUCACAUGUACGUGGGGGUGCGUGCGGGUGGAGGCAUCGGUGACGAGAUCGAGGACCCUGCUGGAGAUGAGUUCGAGGUGGAGCGCAUCGUCUUUGACAUCACGUUCUUCUUCUUUGUCAUCAUCAUCCUCCUGGCCAUCAUCCAGGGUCUGAUAAUUGAUGCCUUCGGGGAACUCCGUGACCAGCAGGAACAGGUGAAAGAGGACAUGGAGACCAAAUGUUUCAUCUGUGGAAUAGGGAGUGAAUACUUUGACACAGUCCCUCACGGCUUCGAGACGCACACUCUGCAGGAGCACAACUUGGCCAACUAUCUAUUUUUUCUGAUGUACCUCAUUAACAAGGAUGAGACUGAACACACGGGGCAGGAAUCCUUUGUGUGGAAAAUGUACCAGGAGCGUUGCUGGGAAUUCUUUCCUGUGGGGGACUGUUUCCGUAAGCAAUACGAGGAUCAACUGGGAUGAAAGCAGACUUGAGAAGCCAUCUGAAUUGAUGCCCUUGGACUCACUGAAGUACCUUGAAUUGUGUUUGCACUGCACUGAUUUUGAAUUUUUGGAGUGAGUGUGUGUACUUGGUAUUCAUGCACAUGUGUUUCUAAGUGACAUUCAUUAAAAUGAUUUGGAAACUAAA